AUGAGGCGCAGCAAAGCGGAGGUGGAACGGUACAUCGCUUCGGUGCAGGGUUUUACCCCGUCGUCCCGAGAGAAAUCAAUGAAAGGAUUCUAUUUUGCGAAGCUAUACUAUGAAGCUAAAGAAUACGAGCUUGCUAAGAAAUACAUAUCUACAUAUAUUAACGUUCAAGAAAGGGAUCCCAAAGCUCACAGGUUUCUUGGUCUUCUUUAUGAAGUGGAGGAAAACAUAGACAAAGCUGUUGAAUGUUAUAAGCGUUCAGUGGAAUUAAAUCCAACACAAAAAGAUCUUGUGUUGAAGAUUGCAGAAUUGCUUUGUAAAAAUGAUGUUACUGAUGGAAGAGCAAAAUACUGGGUUGAAAGAGCAGCUAAACUUUUUCCAGGAAGUCCUGCAAUUUAUAAACUAAAGGAACAGCUUUUGGAUUGUGAAGGUGAAGAUGGAUGGAAUAAACUUUUUGACUUGAUUCAGUCAGAACUUUAUGCAAGACCUGAUGAUGUCUAUGUGAACAUCAGACUGGUAGCGCUCUAUCGCUCAAAUAAGAGAUGGAAGGAUGCUGUGGCCCACUGCCAUGAGGCAGAGAGAAAUGCAGCUUUGCGUUCAAGUUUAGAAUGGAAUUUGUGUGUUGUACAAACCCUUAAGGAAUAUCUGGAAUCUUUACAGUGUUUGGAUUCUGAUAAAAGUAACUGGCGAGCAACCAAUAAAGACUUACUUCUGGCCUAUGCUAAUCUUAUGCUUCUUACGCUCUCCACUAGAGACAUACAAGAAAGCAGAGAUUUAUUGGAAAGUUUUGAUGGUGCUCUUCAGUCUGUGAAAUCUUGUGUGGGUGGAAAUGAUGAACUCUCAGCUAUUUUCUUAGAAAUAAAAGGACAUUUCUACAUGCAUGCUGGUUCUCUGCUUUUGAAGAUGGGUCAGCAUAGUGAUGUGCAGUGGAGAGCUCUCUCUGAGUUGGCUGCAUUAUGCUAUCUCAUAGCAUUUCAGGUUCCAAGACCAAAGAUUAAAUUAAUAAAAGGAGAAGGUGGACAAAAUCUGCUGGAAACCAUGGCUUUUGAUCGUCUGAGCCAAUCAGGGCACAUGUUGCUAAACUUAAGUCGUGACAAACAAGAUUUUUUAAAAGAAGUAGUAGAAUCCUUUGCCAAUAAAAGUGGGCAGUCUGCAUUGUAUGAUGCUCUGUUUUCUGGUCAGUCACCUAAGGAUAGCUCUUUCCUUGGUAGUGAUGAUAUUGGAAACAUUGAUGUGCAAGCACCGGAAACUGAUGAUUUGGCUAGAUAUGAUGUUGGUGCCAUUCGAGCACAUAAUGGUAGCCUUCAGCACCUUACCUGGCUUGGUUUACAGUGGAAUUUGUUGCCUACGUUACCUGCAAUUCGAAAAUGGCUGAAACAACUUUUUCAUCAUUUGCCUCAGGAAACCUCAAGACUUGAAACAAAUGCACCUGAGUCAAUAUGUAUUUUAGAUCUUGAAGUAUUUCUACUUGGGGUAAUAUAUAACAGCGACUUACAAUUGAAGGAAAAAUGUAGUUCUCACUACAACUUCUAUCAACCACUAUGCUUGCCAUUUCCUGUGUGUAAACAACUUUGUACAGAGAGACAAAAGUCUUGGUGGGAUGCAGUUUGUAAUCUAAUUCACAGAAAAGCAAUCCCUGGAACCUCAGCAAAGUUGCGGCUUCUAGUUCAGCGGGACAUAAAUACUCUAAGGGGCCAGGAAAAACAUGGCCUUCAACCCGCUCUCCUUAUACAUUGGGCCAAAUACCUUCAGAAAACGGGCAGCGAUCUUAAUUCUUUUUAUGAUCAGCGGGAAUAUAUCGGCAGAAGUGUUCAUUAUUGGAAGAAGGUUUUGCCAUUAUUGAAGAUGAUCAAAAAGAAGAUUAGUAUUCCUGAACCUACUGACCCUCUGUUUAAACACUUUCAUAGUGCAGACAUCCAGGUAUCUGAAAUUGGUGAAUAUGAAGAAGAAGCACACAUAACAUUUGCUAUAUUGGAUGCUGUUAAUGGAAAUAUAGAAGAUGCUAUGACUGCUUUUGAAUCAAUAAAAAAUGUUGUUUCUUAUUGGAAUCUUGCAUUGAUUUUUCACAGAAAAGCAGAAGACAUUGAAAAUGAUGCCCAUUCUCCUGAAGAACAAGAAGAAUGCAAAAAUUACCUGAGAAAGACCCGGGACUACCUAAUAAAGAUUUUAGAUGACAGUGAUUCAAAUCUUUCAGUAGUCAAAAAAUUGCCUGUGCCCCUGGAGUCUGUAAAAGAUAUGUUUAAUUCAGUUAUGCAGCAACUCGAUGACUAUAGUGAAGGAGGUCCUCUUUAUAAAAAUGGUUCUUUGCGUAAUACAGAUUCAGAAAUGAAAUAUUCCACACCAUCUCCUACCAAAUAUUCUCUGUCACCAAAUAAAAGUUACAAGUAUUCUCCCAAAGCACCGCCUCAAUGGGCAGAAGAUCAAAAUUCUUUACUAAAAAUGAUCUGCCAACAAGUAGAGGCCAUUAAGAAAGAAAUGCAGGAAUUGAAACUAAAUAGCAGUAACUUGGGGUCCCCUCAUCGUUGGCCUACAGAAUGUUAUGGACCAGAUUCAGUGCCUGAUGGAUAUCAGGGAUCACAGACUUUUCAGGGGACUCCAUUAACAGUUGCAACUACUGGCACUUCAGUAUAUUAUAGUCAGUCACCAGCAUAUAAUUCCCAGUAUCUUCUCAGACCAGCAGCUAAUGUUACUCCCACAAAGGGUCCAGUUUAUGGCAUGAAUAGACUUCCACCUCAGCAGCAUAUUUAUGCCUAUUCACAACAGAUGCACACACCACCUGUGCAAAGCACAUCUGCUUGUAUGUUUUCUCAAGAGAUGUAUGGUCCUCCAUUGCGUUUUGAGUCUCCUGCCACAGGAAUUUUGUCACCCAGGGGUGAUGAUUAUUUUAAUUACAAUAUUCAACAGCCAAGCACAAACCCACCUUUGCCAGAACCAGGUUAUUUCACAAAACCUCCAGUUGCAGCUCAUGCUUCAAGAUCUGCAGAAUCGAAGGUUAUAGAAUUUGGUAAAACUAAUUUUGUUCAGCCAAUGCCAGGUGAAGGAAUAAGGCCAUCUUUGACAGCACCUGCACAUACAACACAGCCACCUCCUUUUAAAUUUAACUCCAACUUCAAAUCAAAUGAUGGUGAUUUCACGUUUUCCUCACCGCAGGUUGUGACACAGCCCCCUUCUAUGGCUUACAAUAAUAGUGAAAGCCUUUUAGGUCUUUUGACUUCAGAAAAACCUUUGCAAGGAGAUGGUUACAGUGGAGCAAAAGGUGGUCAAACUACUGGAUUUCGAAAUACAUUCAAUUUUGGAAGCAAAAAUGUACCUGGAAUUUCAUUUACUGAAAACAUAGGUCCAAAUCAAAAGAAUUCUGUUUUUUAUCGAAGUGAUGAUAUGUUUACUUUCCAUGGUCCAGGAAAAUCAGUGUUUGGAACACCUGCUCCAGAGGUGGCCAACAAGAAUCAUGAAGCAGAUGGAGGGAGUGCCCAUGGUGAUGACGAUGAUGAUGGCCCUCACUUUGAGCCUGUAGUUCCUCUUCCUGAUAAGAUUGAAGUGAAGACUGGUGAGGAAGAUGAAGAAGAAUUCUUUUGCAAUCGUGCAAAAUUGUUCCGUUUUGAUGCAGAAUCCAAAGAAUGGAAGGAACGUGGAAUUGGCAAUGUAAAGAUACUAAGACAUAAAACAUCUGGUAAAAUUCGCCUUCUAAUGAGACGAGAACAAGUAUUGAAAAUAUGUGCAAAUCAUUACAUCAGUCCAGAUAUGAAAUUGACACCAAAUGCUGGAUCAGACAAAUCUUUUGUAUGGCAUGCUAAUGAUUAUGCAGAUGAGUUCCCCAAACCGGAACAACUUGCUAUUAGAUUCAAAACUCCUGAGGAAGCAGCACUCUUUAAGUGUAAGUUUGAAGAGGCUCAGAAUAUUUUAAAAGCCUCAGGAGCAAAGGUAACCACAACAGAUAAGGCUAUGAGAAUUAUAAAAGAACCCACAAGUAAUAAGGAUAUCUGCAAAUCUGAUGCAAGAAAUAUGAAUUUUGAAUUUCAAGUAGCUAAGAAGGAAGGGUCUUGGUGGCAUUGUAACAGCUGUUCAUUAAAGAAUGCUGCAGCUGCUAAGAAAUGUGUUUCAUGCCAGAAUCUAAACCCAAGCAAUAAAGAGCUCCUUGGCCCACCAUUAGUUGAAACUAUUCCCACUCUUAAAACUAGCCCAGAAAAUACUCCAGAUAGGUUUGCGUUGAUGAUUCCAAAGAAUGAAGGUCACUGGGAUUGUAGUACUUGUUUAGUGAGAAAUGAACCUACUGUAUCUAGAUGCAUUGCAUGCCAGAAUACGAAGUCUGCUAACAAAAGUGGCUCUUCAUUUGUUCAGCAGCCUUCCUUUAAAUUUGGCCAGGGAGAUCUUCCUAAGUCUGUUAACAAUGAUUUCAGGUCUGUUUUUUCUGUAAAAGAAGGACAGUGGGAUUGCAGCGUUUGUUUGGUACGAAAUGAAGGAAGCUCUUCAAGAUGUGUUGCCUGUGAUAAUUCAAGAAAACAGAAUUUACCUACUGUUUCAGCCCCUGCUGCUUGUAUGUUUGAUGCUUCAGAUAUAUAUAAAACUCCAAAGAGUGGAUUUGAGGACAUGUUUACUAAAAAGGAUGGACAGUGGGAUUGCAGUGUAUGCUUGGUACGAAAUGAAGCAAAUGCUGCGAAAUGUGCUGCCUGUCAUAAUCCUUAUAAACCAAGUCCGUCUUCUUCAGCUGUUCCAGUACCUGCCUCUUUUAAGUUUAGUACUUCAGAGACUAGCAAGGCCACAAAGAGUGGAUUUGAAGGAAUGUUCACCAAGAAGGAAGGACAGUGGGAUUGUAGUGUUUGCCUUGUGCAAAAUGAAGCAAGUACUACCAAAUGUGUUGCUUGUCAGAAUCCAAGUACACAAAAUCAGCCUACUCCUGUUGUUUCAGCACCUGCCUCUUCAGAGACAAGCAAGGCCACAAAGAGUGGAUUUGAAGGAAUGUUCACCAAGAAGGAAGGACAGUGGGAUUGUAAUGUUUGCUUUGUGCAAAAUGAGAGUUCUUCCUUAAAAUGUGUGGCUUGUGAUGCAUCUAAACCAACUAAUAAACCUGUUCCGGAAGCUCCUUCAGCUUUCACAUUGGGCUCAAAAGCUAAGUUAAAUGACUCUUCUGGAAAUCAGAUGGGAACAGGAUUUAAAAGUAACUUUUCAGAAAAAGCUUUUAAAUUUGGCAUCACAGAACAAGGAUUUAAAUUUGGACACAUGGAUCAAGAAAAUACACCAUUUACAUUUCAGAGUUCUAAUAAAGACACUAAUUCAACAAUAGAAGGAUUUAAUUUUUCUAUUCCUGUGCUUGCUGAUGGAUUUAAAUUUGGCAUUCAGGAGCUGGGAAAUCAAGAGAAGAAUAGUGAAAAACCACUUGAAAAUGACAAUGAUUUUCAGGCUCAAGGUGUUAGCAGUCAGAAGAAUGAUACUGGGGUGAUAUUUGGUCAAACUGGAAGCACUUUUACCUUUGCAGAUCUUGCAAAAUCAACUUCAGGAGAAGGAUUUCAAUUUGGCAAAAAAGACCCUAAUUUCAAGGGAUUUUCAGGUGCUGGAGAAAAAUUAUUCUCAUUGCAAAGUGGUAAAAAGGCUGAUAAAGCUGACAAUUCUACUGACCUUGAGAGAGAUGAUGAUGCCUAUAAAACUGAGGACAGUGAUGACAUCCAUUUUGAACCAGUAGUUCAAAUGCCUGAAAAAGUAGAACUUGUAACAGGAGAAGAAGAUGAAAAAGUUCUUUAUUCACAGCGGGUAAAGUUAUUUAGAUUUGAUGCUGAGAUAAGUCAAUGGAAGGAAAGGGGUUUGGGGAACUUAAAAAUUCUCAAAAAUGAAGUCAAUGGCAAACUAAGAAUGUUAAUGCGAAGAGAGCAAGUACUAAAAGUGUGUGCUAAUCAUUGGAUAACCACUACAAUGAACCUGAAGCCUUUAUCUGGAUCAGAUAGAGCAUGGAUGUGGUUAGCUAGUGAUUUUUCUGAUGGAGAUGCCAAACUAGAGCAGCUGGCAGCAAAAUUUAAAACACCAGAGCUUGCUGAAGAAUUCAAGCAGAAAUUUGAGGAAUGCCAGCGACUUCUAUUAGAUAUACCACUUCAAACUCCCCAUAAGUUGGUGGAUACUGGGAGAGCUGCCAAGUUAAUACAGAGAGCUGAAGAAAUGAAGAGUGGGCUAAAAGAUUUCAAAACAUUUUUGACAAAUGAUCAAACAAAAGUCACUGAGGAAGAAAGUAAGAAUUCAGAUGCAGAUGCUGCCAGUGUUUCAGACAUAACCACAAAGCCAAAUCCUGAAAACACUGGACCCACAUUAGAGUGGAGUAACUAUGAUUUAAGGGAGGAUGCUUUGGAUGAUAGUGUAAGCACUAGCUCAGUACAUGCUUCUCCACUGGCAAGUAGCCCUGUGAGAAAAAAUCUCUUCCGUUUUGGUGAGUCAACAACAGGAUUUAACUUCAGUUUUAAAUCUGCUUUGAGUCCAUCUAAGUCUCCUGCCAUGUUGAAUCAGAGUGGGACCACAGUUGGUAAUGAUGAAGAAUCUGAUGUUACUCAAGAAGAGGAGAGAGAUGGACAGUACUUUGAACCUGUUGUACCUUUGCCUGAUUUAGUUGAAGUAUCCAGUGGUGAGGAAAAUGAACAAGUUGUGUUUAGUCACAGAGCAAAACUCUAUAGAUAUGAUAAAGAUGUUGGUCAGUGGAAAGAAAGAGGCAUUGGUGAUAUAAAGAUUUUACAGAAUUAUGAUAAUAAGCAAGUUCGCAUAGUGAUGAGAAGGGACCAGGUGUUAAAACUUUGUGCCAAUCACAGAAUAACUCCAGAUAUGACUUUGCAAAAUAUGAAAGGGACUGAAAGAGUGUGGGUGUGGACUGCAUGUGAUUUUGCAGAUGGAGAAAGAAAAGUAGAACAUUUAGCUGUCCGGUUUAAACUACAGGAUGUUGCAGACUCAUUUAAGAAAAUAUUUGAUGAAGCAAAAAUAGCCCAAGAAAAAGAUUCUUUGAUAACACCUCAUGUUUCUUUUUCGACCACUCCCAGAGAGUCACCCUGUGGCAGAAUUGCUGUAGCUGUAUUAGAAGAAACCACAAAAGAGAGGACAGAUUUACUUCAGGGCGACGAUAUAGCAGAUGCAACCUCAGAAGUUGGAGAUGUGUCUAGCACAUCUGAAAUAGCAACUAAAGCAGUAGUUUCUCCUCCAAAGUUUGUAUUUGGUUCAGAAUCUGUUAAAAGCAUUUUUAGUAGUGAAAAAUCAAAACCAUUUACAUUUGGCAAUAGUUCAGCUACUGGGUCUUUGUUUGGAUUUAGUUUUAAUGCACCUUUAAAGAAUAGUGAAACUAGUUCAGGAGUUCAGAGUGGAUCUGAAAGACAAGAGGAACCCAAUUGCGAAGCAUCAAAGAACUCUGAUAUUAAACAGUCUCCAGAUGGCAAAAUACAAAAUCUCUUUGCUGCUUUUCCAAAGGAAGAGUUCUCAACUAAUUACACAUUUAAGACAUCAGAAAAAGCAAAAGAGAAGGUAAAACCUGAAGACCCUUCCUCAGAUGAGGAUGUUCUCAUUGUAUAUGAGCUAACCCCAACUCCGGAGCACAAAGCUCUUGCAAGCAAACUUAAACUUCCUCCAACUUUCUUCUGCUAUAAGAAUAGACCAGAUUAUGUUAGCGAAGAAGAAGAGGAUGAUGAAGAUUUUGAAACAGCUGUCAAGAAACUUAAUGGAAAACUGUAUCUGGAUGACUCAGAAAAAUAUAAACCAUUAGAAAAAAGUCUAACAGAAAAUGAGAAAGAAUGCAUUAUUGUUUGGGAAAAGAAACCAACAGUUGAAGAGAAGGCAAAAGCAGAUACGUUAAAACUUCCACCUACAUUUUUUUGUGGAGUCAGCAGUGAUACUGAUGAGGACAAUGGAAAUGGAGAAGACUUUCAAUCAGAGCUUCAAAAAGUUCAGGAAGCCCAAUCGAAAACAAAACUAUUUCAUUUGGAUUUGGAAGCAACACAGGAUUGUCAUUUGCAGACUUGGCUUCCAGUAAUUCUGGGGAUUUUGCUUUUGGUUCCAAAGAUAAAAAUUUCCAGUGGGCAAAUACUGGAGCAACUGUGUUUGGAACUCAGUCAACCAAUAAAGUUGGGGAAGAAGAAGAUGGCAGUGAUGAAGAAGUAG